AUGUCUACACCCAACGAUGCUCCUGAAGACUACUUCGGUACCAAUGCUGAGUGGUCCGGCGUUGAGACGGCUUACCCAGCGGGCAUGUCCUGGGCCGGCAGCUUGUUCCCGUCUGCGCCUCGAGACCCACGGAUCUUUGGUCCUCCAGAUCCAUUGGAGUUGGUACCCCGUAAGUCACAUCUAUCUGUGCCAAGUAGCGAUUCACUCAAGACUUAUAAAGCACCGGGCCCAUUCGAUGAAGAGGACAGCGACGAGGGCUGGCGCAAGAGCUACUAUGGUACGCAGGUCUACACUGGCGAAGAGUUCGUCAAGACCUUGCAAUAUCCUACUACCGAAGAGCAGAAGCGCCGCAUGCGGUUCUGGGACGGCUUUGAGAGCCGGUCAGUGGAUAUGCGCGGUCCUCGAGUUCAAGACCAGGCUAGACCAGCUGGUGGUGAAGAGCAUCGCUUCCCCAAUGUGCUACCUACUCGAUCAGAUUCUCCAACUGCACAGAUGGGUCUACACGACAACCAUAGUCCCAUGAACGGUCUAUCUCCAGUACCAGCUUCCCGGUCAGUACCUGCUCUUGCUUCGGCACCAGCAUCAUCACCAGCUCCAGUGCCAGCUCAAACUGCCCACCGCUCCUCCUCAAUUGACGGCGAAUACGAGAUCGACGACGACAGUCUCCCCGACACUUCCCAAGGCCCACAAACCAUCAAAUGCAGGAAUGACCGAGAGCAAGUGCCAGACAGUACACCUCCAAGGACGGCAUCACCCCUUGGCGUCGAUGACUGGGGCAACGCCAACUUGCUGAGACUGUGGAAGCACAAGGUCAUUCGCAAGAAGGGCUACGAGCCAAUGCUAGCCACCUUCACUGGCCAGACCGUCGAGAGCCUGCACGAGGUCUGGACGAAGCACAAGAAGCGGUGGUCCGCUGUCGGAGUGGUUUGA